AUGGAAAUAAAUGACAGCUCAUGGGAAGACUUCAUUUUAGUAGGCUUCUCAGAAUAUCCAAAGGCUGAGUUCAUCAUUUCUCUGUUUGUCACUGGUUUCUACACGAUGACACUGGCGGGCAACAUGGCUAUCAUCUUGGUCUCCAUCCUGGACAGCCAACUCCACACCCCCAUGUAUUUCUUCCUCCGAAACCUAUCAUUUUUGGACAUCUCUUUCACCACCUGCAUUGUCCCUCAGAUGCUGGUGAACAUCUGGAGUGGUCAUAAGACGAUCAGCUAUGUAGGUUGCAUAGUUCAAUAUUCAGUGGCCUUGGCUCUUGGCUCCAUAGAAUGUGUGCUUCUUGCUGUCAUGGCUGUUGACCGCUAUGUUGCUGUCAUCUGGCCCUUGCGCUAUGCUACAGUCAUGCACCAACGCAUUUGCCACCUUCUGGCGGCCACUUCCUGGCUCUCUGGGUUUGCCAAUUCUCUUUUUCAGUCAUCACUGGCCAUCAUUUUGCCUCUGUGUGGCCACCACCAUGUGGACCAUUUCUUCUGUGAGGUCUUGGUCAUCGUCAAUCUGUCUUGUGUGGACACUGGUCCAACUGAAUCAAAAAUGUUAAUUGCACGCCUGCUUAUUACUGUCAUUCCAGUCUACAUUAUCCUCACCUCCUAUGCCUGCAUUGCUGGGACUGUGGUGAGGAUUCCCUCUGCUGAAGGACGACAGAAGGCCUUUGGGACAUGUGCCUCCCAUUUAAUGGUGGUCUUGCUGUUCUAUGGAACCGUCAUGUUCAUGUAUCUUCAGCCUAAGAAUAACUACUCUCAGAAUCAGGGAAAGAUCCUGGCUCUUGUUUAUACCAUUGUUGCCCCCACCAUGAAUCCACUAAUCUAUACCCUGAGGAACAAAGAUGUAAAGAGGGCAAUGAGAAAAGUGAUCUGGAAGGACUUAGUUUAA